ACCUUAGUAUGGUCAGCUUAUUUUAGCUUUUCUUCCUCCUUUUUCCUGUUGGUCAUUUUAGUGACCCAUCCCCAUCCAUCCCUCCCCCCUCCGUGACACUCCGUCUCACCAAACACCUGGGCACCAUCUCAAGUAACAAGAGAAGUGUGGGUGGAAUGGGAAUUACUCGACAACAGUCAAAAUCAACAACAACCAUGCAACAAUUGUGAAUUACUUCUAUCAUUUUAAUACCAUAACAUUUUAUUAACUACUUCUCGUCCGUCAUUCCGUCAUUGGUGGCAUUCUCUCGCUCAAUAUUAUAGCCACUCAACUAUCAUCUUUGCCUCUUUCGUCUCCUUUUUUCCCUUGUCGCCCUUUUCGUAAUCGAAUCGAGUCGAGGUCGAAUACGAAGUUCCAGGCCAUCCAUUCCGUUUUUCCCUCACAGCCACCAAACAACUACAGUACAACACGAUACAGUACACUUCAAUCAACUAUUCGAUCAAAUUCAACGUCAACCUUCAAUUUUCCAUCCCAAUCCAUUUCAAGCGCUCGUCGUUGCGCAUUGAAAAAACGACAAUCGCGAUCAUCCACCUAUUUAAUUAAUUCUUUCGUUAUAUCGCGUGCUCGCCCAUCAUGCGCCCCCAACCAAUUCUAUUCGCGGUAGCCGCCCUACUCGCUUCGACCGUCAUCGCUCAAGACGCCAAAACUACUGCCACCGACGAUGCAAGUCCGACAGAUGCUGCGACAACGGCUCCUAAGACGGAUACGGAUUCCCCGACAAAAACAGACGCAAACACCGAAACCUCAGCAGCGACAGAUAGCCCUACUACAGAAAAAACAACUGCAGCCAGCACGACCGACGACGCGUCCUCGACUGACACUCCACCACCUUUAACUACGUCUACCAGCUCUAGUUCCAGUUCCGCUACUGGUACCUCAUCCGACGACCCGCUUCCUACUAUACCGGGCCAAUAUAGUUAUCCCGCUCCUACGGUCCCUCCUACGAACAAUGCUCCGUUCAUGCAACCAUCUUCCGUACCCGAAGGUACCGUAUUCAUCGCCGUCGGGGCCAUAUUAGGUGCCUUUGGCGCGGCCGUAUUAAUAUGGCGCGCCGUUGUCGCUUGUCUAUUGCAUCGCUCGGUUAAGAAGGCGGCAUUGGCUCAACAAACUGCUAAUGACAAAGCCACAUUCCAACCGCCUCCGCCGCCUUUCUAUAAGUAUAGCGACCAUACGUCAUCCGCUUCGCUUGGUAACGCUGUAGCCGGCCGUGGUGUCCGAAGAACAACUCGAGGACCCGUUCCUUCAGCAACUCCAAGCCAAUCCAACCUAUUCUUUUCUCCUACCGCACCUACUACCGCUAACGGUAGUGCUAACCGUGAAUCUCGUUUCUUGCCCUCUGGUUUUUACGCCGCCGGUGCAGGAUCUCCACAGCAAGGUCAUGGUCAUUCUAUCAGUUUGACGAACUUGCGGCCGGAUUCGCGGGGUCUUGGGCGACCUCUUGGACAUACUCCUCCCGAGUCCCCAAGCAUGACACCUAACCUAGCACCUCGUACGGAUCUCGCUCGACGGAAUAUGAGUGCCAGCUCACUAAACCUCAACCGACCACCAAGUGGACGAGCACCGAGUGCUUUCUUAGAAGAUCUGUUGGAUGACCCGUCAAAUCCAUUCCCACCGCCCGGCCCACCUAACCAUAACACCUGGACUCCGUCGCGACACUGAAUGUCCAGCUAGAGGGUUUUCUUUCUACUGCGGAGUCCAGGAAAUGGGGUUGGCUAUGGUGUUAAGGCAUUUGCAAAUUCUUCUAUGCAGACUUUCAUUCAAAGCAUUACCGAAGCAUGAUCUCGAAGGUGUUGGACUAACCAAUUCAUGUAAAAUGGUUGGAAGGGGGAUGGAUAGAGACCUGUAUCCGGCGGUGAGGAUGGGGAUUCAUAACCCAUUCUAUCCUGGAAUAUCGAGCAAUUGCUCGUGUAAAAACAAAGUGUGUAAUGGGCAUUAGAGUUGGAGUUAUAAGGCAAUCUGGACUACUGCUAACCAUACUUGAUGGGCUUUUUGUAAACUUUUGCGAGCUUUUUGAAGAAAAAAGAAAAGCAAAUCAUAACAUUACUACGUCACACAUCUGUCACCAGAGAAAGUAGUACAUAGUUCUAUUAUCCAAUAAUUUUUCAUUCCCCCUAA